AUGGCGGAGGAUCCUCCAGUAUUCAGCGCAGUUUCAAGCUCGGCACGCCAGUUGUUCAUACUUCUGCGAUGCAUCAGCUUCGCGUCCAAGGCACGCGUCCAAAUCAACAAGGAUGGACUACGCUUCAGCGUUGAGGACUAUCGGGUCAUGCAAGGUUUCGCAUUCCUCGACAAAUCCCUCUUUACCACCUUUCAGUAUCACGCACCUCGUCCCGAUUCCCCGUUUGAUGCCCAAAAUGACGACGGGACUGUCGACCUUCCGCCGUUUACCAUAUCCCUUCCUGCGCUUCUCGAAACCCUCCAAAUUUUCGGUCUCAGCGAUCCGGCCUCCCGAUCCACGCUCACUACCGGUCCCACGAAUGCCUUUGAUAACCGUGUGUUGGGCAUGACAUCGGUGUGCCGUUUCUCCUACGACGCACCUGGCUCUCCGUUAAAAAUCAUCUUGGAAGAGACUGGUGUUACUACAACCUGCGACUUGACAACCUAUGAACUGGACGAUGCUGAGGAAGAAGACAUUCCUUUUGCGCGUGAUGAAUUGGCAAUGAAAAUCAUCAUGCGUAGUUCCUUUCUCUAUGAUGCCAUCACCGAAUUGGCCAGCACAAGUCCAGAGAAGCUCACGUUGAGAGCAAGUCCAAUGGCUCCAUUCUUCUCAUUGAGUGCAGAAGGCUCUCUUGGCAGUACAGUCGUGGAAUUUAGCAAGCCAGACAACACAAGACCUUGGGAUGGACAGGAACGUCAGCCAUCUACUGCCCCUCCCGAAACAACGCUGCUGGAGACAUUUCAAGUCGGCCGUCGUGUCACGCAUACUUAUCGUUUCUCCUUGAUCAAGGCUGCGGCCCGUGCAAUGGCUGUGGCGACAAAGGUCAGCAUACGUGGCGAUGACCAGGGAGUUCUCAGUCUACAGUUCAUGAUAGAGGUAGAUAACGGGCAGGUCAGCUUUGUGGAUUUCAGAUUUGUUCCUCUUGUUCGCGAGGAGACAGAAGAAACAGAAACCGAAGAUGAGGGCAGUGGAGAGGAAACGCAAGAUGAGGAUUAA